AACCAAAAGGGAAGGAGGAAGAGUGAGAAGGCCUUCAGGCUAUGACGUACGUCGGUAGACAACGAAAGAAAGAAAGAAAGAAAGAAGAAAUAAGACAACGCCAACCAGCGAACCAUCGGGAUGCCUGCCUGCCUGCCUGAUCUGUCAGAGUAGAAACGACAGAGAGAAUGUCUGUCUGUUUCUGCAGCCCACGUGUGUCUGCCGGUAGUGUCUGUCGAGUGGACUGGACAAACCUCUUCCCUCACUGCGGCAUCCCAUCGGGCGCACCGCUCUCCAGUGACCGGCCCGCAUUCAACCAACGUAACGGCGACACACACAGAGAGGCAGUCAAUCCGUUGACACACUGACACAUCAUAUCAUCAUUCACGGAGUGGUUCCUUUGUCUAGUGUGACUGUGUGUGCAGGUCAUCGCUGCUCGAGCUUGGCCUUGGCGCCCAGACGAGUGAUGAGAAUGCGGUCGUCCCGCUGGAGGGGUGCGUGGCGCCGACGGAGCCGCUCGACCCCUCCCUGGGGCAGGAGUCACGCUCGAGCAUCGCCAUCAGGACCCCCACCCUCGCCCACUUCCCCUCUUCACUGCUGGGCGUGCGGCACCACAUUCUCGCAGCUGCUCGCCACAGCCAGACCCAUUUGCCCCUUCGUUUCAGUGUGGGUGUGCUGCCGCUGGGACGUGUCUGUUUGGCAAGAGGAGCUGCAAGGAGACGGCGGAGGCCUCUCCCGCCAUGCAGGCGCUUGUCGCGCGUCGGAUGGUCGAAGGUGAGUGGGUCGGUGGGGUGGGGCGGAUCUGUGGCUCCCCAUCACUGCAUGAAUCUCUGUGUCUGUGCGGCAUGGCCAGAGUGGGAUACGGCCAAGAGCACUCUCUGAUGGUGUCCGAAGCCGCCGAGCAGCUGCACCGUCGCGGGCAGGGCGACCUGCAGUCCUUCGCCAACAAAUACCUCAACAAGGACAACCAACAAACGGUAUGUCAGGCAGCCAGAUGAUACGUGCACGACUGUUGAUGUCGAUGCGGAUGUGUUUGGUGGCUGUGAUGCCCGCCUCCAGUAGGUCGGCAUUGGGUGCUGUUCCUCUGGCUCGAAUGAGGGAACGUGCACAAGAAUUCGCACAAGGUGAGACCCAGAUUCCCUUCUAUCGUGCACACAUAUCCCAAUCUCCCCUUCUCGCCCACCCAUUCAGAGCUAUCGAGUCUCUGGCAUUGACCAAGGACCUCCUGGAGUGCUUGAAGAGAGACUUGUUCUCCUGGGUCGAUUCCCUGCAGUGCGACCUGUGCGGAGGCAAGACGUCAGCUGACCCCUGUGAGGAGGAUUUGGGGCGGGCUGCACAAGUGCCAGGCACUGACAUGCGGCCACACUACGCGAUCCCCAAGGUGACGUCACGGCAACACACAACACAUGGCAGGAAUGAUGGAUGGAUGUGUGUGCGCGUGUGUGUGUGUGUGUAGAUGAUGUGUGGGUCUCGCGAACAACGACGACUGGUGUGGGUACAGCCGUGACGGUGUGGACUGCGUGUGCAAGGAGCACGACCGAUGUCUGUCUGUACCAACAUGGAUACCACAAGUGCGGCUGGUGAGUUGGGGGAGGGGGGGAGAAGGCAAGCAGCACGGCACCUGAGCAUUCCCCCUUUGUGAUGUCUGUCUGUCUGUUCCAUGAUUCAGCGACUGGCACUUCAUCAGGAAUCUCGCUGGCGCGUCGUGUUCCAAGCCAGAGUGCCACUUACAAGGCCGCUGCACUUGCUGUCUUCCAAAGAAAGCCCUGUGAAUGCCGCUGGGAAGCACUGCGUCCAUAUCCGUUUCGUCGCUGGAAACCCAACCGCUGACCACCUCUCCUCAACUCCGCUUGUAGGUGAUCAGGCAGGCAGCCAUUCUCGGCCCCAGCCGAAUCCUUCACCUCUUUUGUCUGUCGCUAUGGGCAGGUGGCUGUCCAACGGGCAGGAGAUGGCUGGUCAGCUCAGAUCGCCGUCUGCCCGUGCCGAUGAGAAGAUCUGAGUUUUCUCUGUGUUGUCACGACUUGUGUUUGUUGUGCCUGCCUUGUGCAUGCAUGAGUACUUGCGUGAGUUGAUGGACUUAGGCAGGCAGACAAGUGGCGGCAACUAAGCUGGAAUGCUCUCAUGUGAGUAGAAAUUGAAGGCAUUGUGUCUGCCUGUGGGUUGGUUGCUGUUUUUUGGAGUCAAGAGUUCGCCUGUCCGUGUGUGUGAGUGUGUUUGUGUGUUGGUUCGCUCCUGAGACACCACGAU